AAAUAAAACUCUAAAAAUAAAAAUCUAACAAGGAAAUGACAGAUGUAGCCCGCGGUUGGUGUUUACCAAACACAAGGAGAUCUGAAAAUUGGGGGAGGAAGAGAGAGAGAUAAGGUUUGGUGAAUUUCGGGGGUCUGUCGGUAGUAUAUGACUGCCAGUACCUAAUUUAACUGCUAUCAUUUCAUUCCAUCUUCUUCGCACCUCCCUUUCUCGCGUUCUCAUUGGAAUACCCAAAGCUUUGAAUCUGCUGCAUUGGAGUUGAUCAGAGUAUUCAGAGACAGAGCGUAGCUAUGAAGGUGAUAGAGAAGAUCCGGGAGCUGUCUAAGCAGGAGAGCAAUGGCGAUAAGGUCGUUUUCUCCUUCGAGUUCUUCCCCCCUAAAACGGAGGACGGUGUUGAGAACUUGUUCGAGCGGAUGGACCGCAUGGUGGCUCAUAACCCUACCUUCUGCGAUAUCACCUGGGGCGCCGGUGGCUCCACCGCCGAUCUCACUCUCGAGAUCGCCAAUCGGAUGCAGAAUAUGGUCUGCGUUGAGACAAUGAUGCAUCUCACCUGCACCAACAUGCCCGUUGAGAAGAUCGAUCACGCUCUGGACACCAUCAAGUCCAACGGCAUCCAAAACGUCCUCGCCCUACGCGGUGACCCUCCUCACGGCCAGGACAAGUUCGUCCAGGUCGAGGGUGGCUUCUCCUGCGCCUUGGACCUCGUGAAGCACAUCCGAGAAAAAUAUGGGGACUUCUUCGGGAUCACAGUUGCAGGUUAUCCAGAGGCACAUCCUGAUGUCAUACCUGCUAGUGGAGAGGCUACGCUUGAGGCUUACCAGAAUGACCUUGCUUAUCUCAAGAGAAAGGUUGAUGCUGGGGCAGAUCUCAUAAUUACUCAACUCUUCUAUGACACUGACAAUUUCCUCAAGUUUGUGAAUGACUGUCGUCAAAUCGGAAUUACAUGUCCCAUUGUUCCUGGUAUUAUGCCCAUCAACAAUUACAAGGGCUUCAUCCGUAUGACUGGUUUCUGCAAAACUAAAAUUCCUCCUGAGAUUAUGGCUGCUCUAGAACCAAUUAAGGACAAUGAAGAAGCUGUAAAAGCUUAUGGAAUUCACCUAGGAGCUGAGAUGUGCAAGAAGAUCAUGGCUAGUGGGAUUAAGACAUUGCAUCUUUAUACGUUGAAUAUGGAGAAAUCUGCAUUAGCAAUACUGACGACUCUUGGCUUAAUAGAAGAGUCCAAGAUUUCAAGAUCAUUACCUUGGAGGCGUCCCACAAAUGUUUUUCGUACAAAGGAAGAUGUCCGGCCCAUAUUUUGGGCAAAUCGUCCAAAAAGCUACAUAUUAAGGACCAGAGGCUGGGAUGUCUACCCACAAGGCCGAUGGGGUGAUUCUCGAAAUUCAUCCUAUGGAGCCCUUUCUGACCAUCAGUUCAUGCGCCCACGUGCACGUGAUAAGAAACUUCAAGAAGAAUGGAUUGUUCCUUUGAAUAACAUUGAAGAUAUUUGUGAGAUAUUUUCAAAGUACUGUCUUGGAAAAGUUAGAAGUAAUCCUUGGUCAGAGUUAGACGGUCUUCUGCCAGAGACCAAAAUCAUAGAUGAACAAUUGGGUGACAUUAACAAAAAAGGAUUCCUUACCAUCAACAGCCAACCAGCCAUUAAUGGAGAAAAAUCUGAUGCAGCUUCUGUCGGUUGGGGUGGUCCUGGUGGUUAUGUAUAUCAGAAAGCAUAUUUGGAGUUCUUCUGCUCAAAACAAAAGUUAGAUGCUCUAGUUGAGAAAAGCAAAAACUUCCCCUCUCUCACCUACAUUGCAGUGAACAAAGAAGGAACCUGGAUUUCGAAUGUGAAGCAGACCGAUGUGAAUGCUGUGACAUGGGGGGUGUUUCCAUCCAAGGAGAUCAUUCAACCAACAGUUGUUGAUCCUGCCAGCUUUUUUAUAUGGAAGGAUGAGGCUUUUGAGACAUGGUCUAAAUCUUGGGGUCAGCUUUACCCUGAGUCUGAUCUCUCCCGAAAAUUGCUUGAUGAGAUCGAGAACACAUAUUUCUUGGUCAGUUUGGUUGAUAAUGAUUACAUCCAUGGUGAUCUGUUUGGCAUCUUCAAGGAUAUUUGAGGUGCAAGAGCUAUCUAUCUAUCUAUCUAUGUAAUUCCUCAAAGUUCAAUUGAUUUUCGUCGAGUUGGCUAUUUCUUCUUUCUUGUUUAUGACACUUGUGCGUGUUAGUUACUGCAAUACAAUGGUGUUGCAGCCUCAUAUUUCCAAUGUACUACGAAAUUCCAAAAACGAUCAUAUUCAGAUCCGGCAAAUUGGCAAAUUCGCCUCUUGGCUGAGAUUAUCUUAUCUCAUUUCAUCUGGCUGCUGUUAAAGUUAUUUUUCUCUAUGGUUACUACAUAAUCAUAAAUAUAGCCAUCUCUUGUUUAGGCAACAUGAUAUAGAUAGAAUCCACUGAAACUGAAGUGAAGUUUGCAUAUCCGCACCGCUUCUACAGAGGUUUAAUGCGAAAAUAAUAAUUUAAUUCAUCUUAUCAUUCAAUGUAAACCUAGGAUGGAAUUACUCUCAUCCCAAUUAUUUAUAUUCUUCUAUAGCCUGCCUAUUUGUAAACAGAUUUUGAAACAGAUAAAUAUGUAAUAUCUUAAUGUCAUACACUCAUACUGCGUAAACAAGUCCAUGUUGCAAUUUUAAGUUAGUGUUUGAUUGUUUUCA